AUGACUGUGGCUGAAGCACGGUUAUUCAUGAGGAUCUUGUUCCUGACACAAUUGUUUGGAGUUUUUCUGUCUUUUCCUGGACUCAUCCUGGCUGGACAUCAGCAGCACAACCACAGUCCCACAGAAGUGGUGAUUCACUUGAAGCUAACUGGGAAAACCAGUGGCAUGAAACCUCCAGACUGGGUCUCUUACAGCUUGAAACUUGGAGGCCAGAGACAUGUUAUCCACAUGAAGAGCCAGAAUCUUUUUCUAACCAGGAACCUCCCAAUGUUCACCUACUCUGACCAGGGUUCUCUGCUUGAAGAUUACCCUUUUGUACAGGAUGACUGCUACUAUCAUGAUUAUGUGGAGGGUGACUCAGAAUCCUUAGUUUCGCUCAACACUUGUCUUGGGGGCUUUCAAGGAUUAUUAGAGAUAGAUAAUACUGUUUAUGAAAUCAUGCCAAAGAAAUUUUCUACCAAAUUUGAACAUCUGGUAUAUAAAAUGGAUAGUAAUAAAACAGAAUCAAGUAUUUCCAGCCUUAUGCAAGAUAAAUGCCAAGUAGAGUUACAAAAAACUGGUAAUUCCGCUCUCAAGCAAAGUGGUUUUGAAGGCUGGUGGACCCAUGUUAGAAUUGUAGAAAUAGUAAGGGUGGUGGAUAAGACUCUGUAUGAACACUAUCAGAGUAAUGACACAGUAAUGAUGCCAGAUCUAUAUUUUGUGAUAAGUAUGGUAGAUGCCAUUUAUGAUGUAAUUGGUGUUAAAAUAUUAUUGGUUGGUUUGGAGGUUUGGAAUAAGAAAAACCCUAUUGUAAUAGAUGAUGUAAGAAAAUCUCUUCAGCUAUAUUGCUGGUGGAAAAUUAAAAACAUUAUUCAUCGAUUAAAACAUGACACCACUCAUCUUUUCAUAUACAAGCACUUGAGAGGAUUAAGUGGCAUAGGUUCAACAAGUGGGGUGUGUGAUCCAAGCCGCAGUUGUGCAAUUGUUACUUUCAUAAACAGAACUUUAAACCUCCGUGCCCUUGGAGUGGCUCAUCACUUAGGUCAUAACUUGGGCAUGGAAGAUGAUGAAAAGACAUGUAAGUGUAGACACAAAAAAUGCACAACGGACGCUACUAACCCACCAAUACCCAAAUUUAGCAAUUGUAGUUAUAAUUAUUUUUGGACUUAUACUGUAAAGCAGACAACCUGUUUGCUUGAAAACAUGUACACAAAGAGUAUCUUUAAUCUGAGUCACUGUGGAAAUGGUAUUGUUGAAGAUGACGAGCAGUGUGACUGUGGAUCCUUACACCAUUUUGCAAAAGAUCUAUGCUGUAUGCCAAACUGCACUCUGAGUUUGGGGUCUUCCUGUGCCUUUGGAAUUUGUUGUAAAAACUGCCAAUUUUUGCCAUCAGGGGAGGUGUGUAGAAAACAGGAUAACAUAUGUGAUCUUCCUGAAUGGUGCAAUGGAACAUCCCAUAAGUGUCCAGAUGAUGUAUAUGUUGAAGAUGGAAUUCCCUGUAAUAUCUCAGCCUUUUGCUACGAAAAGUGAUGCAAUGGCCGUAAUGAAUACUGUAGGAAGAUCUUUGGCCAGAAAUCAAAAGCUGCAAAUAAAAAUUGCUACAAAGAAGUACACUAUAAAGGUGAUCGUUUUGGCCACUGUGGUCUUCAGGGACCUGGGUACAUAAAAUGUGAAAACAAUGAUGCUUUUUGUGGAAGACUUCAAUGUGAUAAUGUAUCAGAAAUUCCCCGUAUGGAAGCACACAGUACUGUGCACUUUGCUGUUGUCAAAGGCUUGUUUUGCUGGGGCACCGAUUACCACCUUGGGACCCUAGAUGACUUUGGUGAUGUGAAAGAUGGCACAGAGUGUGGUCAAGAUCAUAUCUGCAUUCAAAAGCAUUGUGUACAUUUAUCUGCAUUGGAUAGCAAUUGUUCACCUACAUUCUGUCAUAAGAGGGGCAUCUGCAACAAUAAACAUCACUGCCACUGCAACUAUUUGUGGGAGCCUCCUAACUGCAUGACAAAAGGCAAUGGAGGUAGUGUAGACAAUGGACCACCUACCAAGAUACAGAGGAAGAAAAAGUAUUGUUACCUGUGUCUAUUUCUGCUUGUUGUUUUGUUUAUUUUAUUAUGUUGUCUUUGCUUGCUGCUUCGUCCUAGGGAAGAAAGUCAACAAGAGUCCCAAAUCCAGCCUACAUCUGAAAACACAAAUGAAGCUGUAAGCAGACAAGCUAGUUCAAUAGCUUUCCAGAGUCUCCCUCUGUCAAGAAUGCUGUCAGUCCCAGCUUCAAGAACUUCAUCUAUACAAAGUGUCAAAUAA